AUGGUGGUGCUCUCGGCCGCCUUGUUGACCCGAAAUGGCAAAGUGUCUGCUAGACUGUUCCAUAUACUGACGGCGUCUCUGUAUUGUGCGCGCAGUGCUCGUGGCGCGCCAGUUCGUGGAGAUCACCCGGAUCCGCCUCGAGGUGGGUGGAAACGCUGGGUUAAUUGCAUUAUUCGGGUGGUUAAUGGGUUCUAUUGCCUAUUCCUUGAGCAGGGUCUGCUAGCCGCGUUUCCCAAGCUGCUGUCCAGCGGCUCGCGCGAGCACACGUUCAUUGACACGGAGAGCGUGCGCUACGUGUACCAGCCGCUCGAAAGCUUCUUCGUGCUCAUCAUCACCAACAAGACGAGCAACAUCGUGGAGGACCUGCACACCAUCCAGGUGCUGGCCAAGCUCGUGCCCGACAUCUGCGCGCCGCUGAGCGAGGCGUCCAUCCGCGACAAGCAGUUCGAGCUGGUCUUCGGCUUCGACGAGCUCAUCACGGCCGGGGGCCACUCGGAGAACAUCAACGUCUCGCAGAUCCGCGUCAACAUGGAGAUGGAGAGCCACGAGGAGAAGCUGCACAACAUGAUUCUCGAGAGCAAGCGCGCGGCCGCCAAGGACGACAUGAAGCGCCACACGGCGCGCAUUAAGGAGGAGCAGCGCGAGCGCGCGCGGCUGGAGCGUGCGGGCAUGGGUGGCAGCGGAUUCGGAUCGCAGAACUCGUUCGGCAGCUCCUUUAGCAACGCGUUUAAGUCUCCGCGCAGCGGCGGCAGCAGUGACAGCUUCAUGAACAGCCCCAGCUCGCCGGCCGCGACGUCGCCGACCUCAUACAACAGCCGUCCAGAGCCGGUGGUGUCGAAGGCUGCUGGUAUGAAGCUGGGCAGCUCCAGCAGUGGCAAGGGCAUGGGCCUCGGCAGCGGCGGCAAGUCGUUCAUGGACGCCAUGGCGGCGGAGGACGGAUUGAAGGAGAUCCCGCCUAUGAGCGCAGCAGUCGAGACGGUGCAGAAGCCCGAGGUGGCUGCUGCGGUCAGCCACGACCCGAUCGGCGCGGUGGUGGAGGAGAAGAUGACGGUCGUGCUUACCCGCGACGGUGCACUAGAGCAGCUCGAGGUCAAGGGCAGCAUGUACGUGUCGGUGAACGACCCGAGCGCCGGCUGCUGCCGCCUGAAGCUGCGUACUGGAGGCGUGGAUGGCAUCUCAUUCCAGACGCACCCCAAGGUGGACAAGAGGCUUUAUGACAGCGAAUCAGUACUUGCCCUGCGGGAUCCUACGAAGCCGUUCCCGACUUCCCGUGUGGCAUUCUUGCGAUGGAGCUUGAAGACACAGGACGAGUCGAUGCUGCCGCUGAACAUCACGUGCUGGCCCGAGGAGGAAGGCAACGGAAAGAUGAACGUGAGCGUCGAGUAUUCGUUGGACCGCGACAUGGUGCUGGACAACGUGAACGUCGUAAUCCCGCUCGGCGGCCACGACGCACCAAGCGUGGCCAACGUGGACGGACAGUACCAGCACAACUCGGCCGAAGGCACGCUCCUUUGGCAUCAGGACCAGAUCAGCUCUGCGAACAACUCGGGCACGUUGGAGUUUUCGGUUCGCGGCAGCGACAUGGAUGCGUUCUUCCCCAUCUCCGUCUCGUUCUUUUCGCGCAGCGUGUAUAGCGACGUGCAGGUGGAGGCUGUUCAGAAGAUCGAGGACGGCUCGCCGAUUGCGUUUGGGUUCGAGAAGCUGCUUUCCACGGACUCGUACCAGAUUGUUUAG